AUGCCUUCGUCAUCCUUCCUCUCUCCAGACAUUGCCGAAGUCCCCCUCGUGGAGGACCUCCUCAUCACCGUUCGCUUCUCCGCGUCCAUUCCCGACCUCUACCUAGACGUCCCAAAUGCAGACAUCACGACAGGCGCAGGACUCAAGCAACUAAUCCGCGCCGAACUACCACCCUCACUCUCCUCUCACCGUCUUCGCCUUAUCUACGCUGGUCGCGGCCUAGAAGACACAACCGCCCUUGCUACAUCCCUCAAGCUCCCACCCUCGCCAUCCCGCACUCCUCGCCCCGCAGAUGAUAACGAUGGAGAUGAGCUCUCCGCCGCAGAGAAUGGCUCAUCAAGCAAAGCCAAGGGCAAGCAGCCCAUGCGCGACUCCCGUCCACGCCUCUACAUCCACUGCUCCAUCGGCGACAUCGCGCUGUCAGAAUCCGACCUAGCAGCCGAGGCAUCCGUGGCCUCAACCAUCCUCCUACAAAAGAAGAAAGACGGCUCCCGGUCUACGUCUCUCCUCGCAUCUACAGACGACCACACCUCCCAAUCACAAUCCCAAUCACAGCACGAACAGACAACCUCAACAACCCCCGCCCCACGCGGCUUCGACCGCCUCCUCUCCGCCGGCUUCACCCCCGCAGAAGUCACAGCUCUCCGAUCCCAAUUCCUCGCCGUCCAGUCCGUCUCCCGGACGCCGGAUACCAUGCCCACCGGCGAGGAACUUCGUGAUCUGGAGGAUCGGUGGAUGGAUGAGGGGUCGACUGUUGCGCAGGCGCAGGGUGGUGGGGAGGGUGGUGCGAUUGGUGAUGAUGAUGGUGGGUUGGGGUCUGGAUCGAGGUCGGCCAUGGAUGAUAUGCUUUGGGGCGCAGUGAUGGGCUUCUUUUGGCCUGUUGGUUGUGCGAUGUGGUUGAGGAGGGAGGAGGGGGUUUGGAGUUGGAGGAAGGGUGUGGCGGUUUUUGUGGGGGUUGUGGUUAAUGCUGGGUUUGGGGCUAUGAGGAUUAUGAGUUGA